GAAGUAGGGAAUUUUGAUGGAGACGUCGAAAUAGAUAAUAUUUUAUAAAAAAGAUAAGAUUUUCUGAGUGACGUAAACAAAUUUAUACUCAAUCAUGUCGACUUGAUUUUCAUUUAGUGAAAACGAUUGCUUAUCAUUUGUAAACAUUCUUCAGUUGAGCGUAUCAUCUGCGGCUCACUAGUGUAGUGUGAUUUUGAAAUAAUUAGUAGAUAAAUUUAAUCAUCCACGAUUGCAGUCAAUUUUUAUUUCGUUCAUCGUUAGCACCUUGGAGUUCAAGCUUGAACCGUGACAGUAAAAAAUGGAGUUUUUGGCCGUUUUAUUGGAGCCUUAUAAAGACUGGAUUAGCACCUCAGCCGCAGCAGUUACUUAUUUACAUCAGCUGAGCGGUGUUGUCGUUUGCAAUAGCAUACGUAAACAAAAAUCGACAAAUGGAUUUUCUGUGGUACCAUUUUUAAUUGGGACGGUUAUUUCUCUAUUAGUUGCACGUUUUGGACUGAUAUUAAACGAUCCCACAAUUGUUAAAGUUCAAUUGGGUGGAUUUGCUCUGAGCAUUGGAUAUCUGUGCUUCUUUCUCUGGUAUACGAACAAUGCCAAGGAUAGAACAUCGGCAUGGACCAAAAUUGGAUAUGCGGGAGCACUUGUGGCUGCCAUUUAUGCCUACACCUUCGUUGAAAAUCCGAAGAACCUUAAAGCCCGUUAUGGCUUGAUUCUAACGGUUCUUAUACUCUGUUUGAUCGGUUCGCCGUUGCUCCGUUUGGGUGAAAUCAUUCGGACGAAGAGCACAGCAGGUCUGCCUUUCCCUAUGAUUUGCACGGGAACAUUGAUUUCAUUUUUGUGGCUCUUGCACGGAAUUGUGACACGCGAAACUUUUUCUACAGUACUCAAUGUUGUAAUUUUUUCGAUAAAUGUCUUUCAAUUAUCGUUGUUUGUUAUUUUUCCAUCGAAGUCAACAAAGUCAAGGAAAGAUGGCAGCCCAUCGAAAAGUGGCAACGACAAUGAUAAAAAAAAGAAAAAUUGAUUAUUCAAUACCAUGCACUUAUUUCUUCCUGUACAUAACUUCGGUAGUUUACAGUGUUUUUCAUCACUUGCAAAGCAUAUAGUUUGAAUAAAUGUGAUAUGAAACGUGGACAUUUUAUUAAUAUUGAUAAUAAAAUGAUCACUCUGUUU